AUGCAGCGUUUUAUUUAUUUCGUUUGCGUCCUUGUUGUUCUAUUGAAUAUUCAUUAUGGAUCCUGUUCGGAGAUAGUUAUUGAUAAUGGUGUUCUUUCAUUAAAUGAAGGAGACUAUAAUGAUGAUAAUGAAGAUACCUCUCCUGUAUUAUCAUCAUUAUUACCAACAACAACAAUAUCAAUAGAAUCAUUUGUUGAAGAUAUUGUGGAUAAUGUUACAGAAUCAAUAACAAUAACGACGACAGAGAUUACAGUUAUAGAUAAUACUACAGUAAUAAAUGAAGAACAAUCGAAACAAUUUCUUACAGAGUAUCCAUUAAAUGUCAACCUAUCAUCAUCAUCAUUAUCUGAUCUAACAUUUCAUACUUAUUCUAAUGAUUCAAUUCUUCUUGUUUUUGAAGAUCAUGAAAUAGUAUUAAUUAAUAAAAAUGACGGAACAAUUAAAUCUUAUUAUAAAUAUACAAAUAUUAUUCCAACUAAUCAACCAAACUUUCUUGUGAUAUAUGAUGAUAAUACUCAAGAACUUUUAAUAUUAAAUUCUAAUCAUGAACAAAAAUCACAAAUUUCUUUCAAACCAAUACAUAUUUAUUCAUUUCCAUCAAUAAAUAAUUUAUGGAUUGCAGAAACAUCUGAUGAAACUGCUUUAUAUAUCAGUGAUAAUACCGGUAUUAAUUGGAAAAAAAUCGAUGAUAGUAGUAGUUCUACAGUUCUUGGAUGGUCUAGCAAAGCCAACUCUAUUGUUAUUGUACAACAUUCUCGAUAUAUGAAAUUACUUGAUGCAACAACACAUCAAAUAUUGCCUAUCUUAACCGAUGUAUCAGUAGCAAAAUUGUUUUCGCGUUAUUUAUUUGUAAAACGAUCUAAUAUAAAUGAUUCAGUUACGAUUAGUCAUAUAAAUAACUUAGCUGAUGGAGGCUUUCGAUCAUUACCAAAACGAUUACAAUCACAAGGAAAUUUUUAUUGUGCUAUUGAAGAUAAAAAUACUCAAGAUUUAUUACUUCUAUUUAUUACUGAUAAGAAAUUAGAAGAAAAUAAUGAAACAAUAUCAUCAUCAUCAACAUGUAAUCUUAUUAGUUAUUCCAAACAAUCUUCAUUUAAUUUAACAAAUAUUAGUUGUCCAUUGAAUCAUAAUGAUAAUUUAUUGAAAUCAAUCGAUUGUUUAACAGAACAAUUACCAUUUUAUCAAGUACGUGGGCUACCAAAAAGUGUCUACCUAGCAAAUAUUGCAUCAGGACCAACUACAGUGAUUUCAUUUGAUGGUGGAAUCAAUUGGAAUAAAACACAUUAUGAAUGUGAUAAGACGAUGAAUUGUCCGAACAAUGUAUCAAUUGUAAUAAGUUCAUUAAUUUCUUCAGAUGAUGCACCAGGAAUUAUUGUUGGCAAAGCCUCUGAUGGUACUAACGAAUAUGUUGCUACUUCAUUUGAUAGUGGACGUUUAUGGCGAUUAAAUUCUAAAGGAGAUAAUUAUUUAACAGCUAUAUCAAAUUCGAAUGCACUCAUCGUAAGUGUAUUAAAUAAUACUCAGCAAUCGUUCAAUCAUACUUUUCGAUAUUCUACUGAUUAUGGUCGUAAUUGGCAUGAGAAAACUUUAACAAAUGAAACAUCAUUUCGAAUUUUAUCUCUUAUUGCUGAUAAGAAUAAUAUUUUUUAUAUUUUAACAUCAAAUAAUGAUAAUAUAUUAAAUUUAAUGGAACUUGAUUGCAAUCUUCUCAUUCAUAAACAAUGUGCUCGUCAUGAAUUAAAAGAAUGGUCUUUACAAGGUUCUUGUAUAAAUGGUUCGAAAUAUUAUUAUAAACGACGUAUAUCCGGUUCAUAUUGUCUUGAUAAUGCAACAGAUGUUCGAAUUGAACCAUGCGCAUGUUUAUUAUCAGAUUUUGAAUGUUUACCAGGUUAUAAACGUUCAUCUGAUGGUAUUUGCUUACCAAAAUCUCAUUAUAUAUCAUCACAAGAUUGUACUUGUGAAGCUAAUACUACACUUUCAACAAAACGUCGUGGAUAUAUGAAAUCAACAAAUAGUCAAUGUCGAAAUGGAAUUGAAAAUUAUCUUUCAGAUACUUAUAUAACACGUCGAGAUUUAAAUCAUCCAAAUUUUUUUCUUUAUGGUAUUGAUUCACAAACAAAACAAACAACAAUUGAAAUUCAUACAAAUGAUUUUGAUCAAGAUGAUGAUGACGAAGACGAUGAUGAUGAAGAUAUUAAACGUAAUACAAUUCAAUUCGGUGAUAAAACAUAUGAAAUAACUGCACUUGCUUUUGAUGAAAAUACUAAACAAGUAUAUAUAGCUGUUGAACAUGAUCAAUCAGCAAUUAUUUAUCGAAUGAAUAAAAAUCAUUUUAACCAAGAUCGUAUUACAAAACAAUUCAAAUUUGAUUCAAAUAAUGAAUUAUAUAAAAAUUCAAGUGAACAUAUUGAAUAUUUAACUAUUGAUUGGUUAACACAAAAUUUAUAUGUUCUUGUUCAUGAUAAAAAUACUCAUCAACAAAACGUUUUUAUACUUGAUAUACGUACACAUAAACGACGUACAAUUCUUAAAAAACAACAUUUCCAACCAGCAAUUCUUCUUAUUGAUCCAAUUAAAGCAAAUCUCUAUUGGAUUUCACAUAAUUCACCAUCUUCACUUCAUAUUGCAAAUCUUCAAGGACAUAUGAAAAAACAAAGUCAAUUAUUUUCAACAGAUACAAAUAUUAGUUAUAUAUCAUAUGAUUCUAUAACACAUGAAAUUAUUUUUGUUGUUAAUUCAAGUAUUUAUGGAUUAAAUACACUUGAUCAUAAUCGUUUAGUACCAAGACUUAUAUAUGAACAUUCAUCAAAUAUUCAUAAUGCUUUAUUUGUUCAUCCAAUUCUUUAUUUUACAAAUGAAAACAAUAAUAAUAAUAAUACAGAUCCAUCGAUAAUUCAUUUACAUGCGAUUGAUAUUUUAGCUAAAAGUUUUGCCAAAAAUCUUGCGAAAUUUAAAAAUUUUGAUUUAUUAAAAUUAUUUAUUGAUAUGGCUCCUAAUAUGCCACAAACAGCAACAAUCAAUCGUUGUGCAAAUAAUCCUUGUUCUGAUGUAUGCAUUCCAUUAGAACAUGGAAAAUUCCGUUGUUUAUGUCGCGAUGAUGCAAGUUAUCCAUCAUGCUCAUGUCCAACUAGUGAAAAAUAUGUUACUGGUUCAUGCCAAGCUGUUAAUGAACAAUGUGCACCUGGUCGUAUUCUAUGUCAAAAUCGUAUAAAUUGUGCUGAAUCAGCUCGCCUUUGUGAACAAGAUCAUACACAAUAUACAGAAGCAUUUAAAAAUACAGCUCGUUGUACAUUAGAACAACCAAAUGAUGGUUUUGAUUGUUAUUAUAAUGAAAAUAAUAGUUCCAAUCAUACAUGUAUUCCAUUUGAAUGGCUUUGUGAUGGUGUUUAUGAUUGUCCAUUUGGUAAUGACGAAGAACAUUGUCAUAAAAUGACAACAACAAGAAAAACAGUAACAAAAAAAACACCCAGUCUUUGUUUAACUGAUACUAAAUUUACACAUGUAAUGUGUCGCAAUAAAUGUAUGAAAAUUAAUGAAGUUUGUCGAACUGCCUCGAAUAAAUUAACUUGUUCAAAUGCAUUUCAUCUCCAUUGUAAACAAACAAAUGAAGAAGAUCAUUAUGAUUGUAAAUGUCGAGAUAAUAAGAAUCGUUGUAUUGCAAUGAGUGAACAAUGUGAUGAUCCUGACCAUUGUGAACAAGUUUGCAAAACUUCAAUUCAUUAUGCUAAGACAAAAGGCAAUCAAAGUUUAAAAUCAUCGUCAGUAGCAUGGAUUGUACUUCUUAUUGCUAUUCUUAUUAUUCUUUUCGUUACUAUUAUUAUAAUGACUAUGCGUUACAAACGUCGAAAACAACCUCCAGUUUCUUCACGUACACCUCCAGCUGAAACAGAACCAUCUACAACUAAUUUGCCGCCGAGUGAUACUCGUGAAAAAUUACUCAAUAGUAGUCCUAAUACAGCCAAUGAAACAAGCUAA